AUGCAACUGAAGAGAAAAAGCUACAAUCCAACGGAGUCGCUCCUCGGCGCGUCGCCUCCACUGGCUUCCCCGUCGAGUCGAGUGAUUGGAGAUGGAGAGUUCUCGGAGGAGUCGUCUGUUGGUUGGUUUCGGAGGAGUAAUUCGGCGAAAUUCGCUUCGAGUUUUAGCGGCGGGUUUGACUUGACGUCGGUUAAGUCAUCAGAGACUAUGGGAUUUCAUCAAGUUAAAAAACCUGUUGUUGCUCAACCCAAAGAGGAGAAAAGUGGAGCUUCUGCCGUUGUGGAACCUCAGGUAAAUAAAGGGCUUUCUUCUUCUUCGGGUGCAAAACCAUCAAAAGAGAAAACAACAAAAGCUGAACGGCGUGCCUUGCAGGAAGCUCAACGUGCUGCAAAAGCUGCUGCUAAAGCUAUGACUGUGUCUGAGGGAGUAUCUACUAGUAAACCUGUGAAGCAGCAGCCAGCACAGAAGAAAGAUGCUCCACCACCUGCAUCUUCAAUUGCAGCUUCUGAUAGGAAAGGAGGUGAACGUUCUAUGGAAAAAGAGAGGAGGAAAGAUAUCCCUGCACCACGAAUGCAAUUUGAUGACAGAAGUCGUGUGGAAAAGGCUAAAAAGCGUGCAGUGGUCAAUCAAAGUGAAGCUAGGAAUAGGGUUGAGUUGUUUCGACACUUACCGCAGUAUGAACAUGGAACUCAGCUUCCUGAUCUUGAGUCGAAAUUUUUCCAACUUGAUCCUAUGCAUCCAGCUGUUUACAAGGUUGGCCUACAGUAUCUGGCUGGAGAUAUCUCUGGAGGUAAUGCUCGAUGUAUUGCAAUGCUUCAGGCAUUUCAGGAAGUCAUUAAAGACUAUUCCACACCACCUGAGAAAUCUCUUACUAGAGACUUAACUGCAAAAAUCAGUAGUUUUGUUUCCUUUUUUAUAGAAUGCCGACCAUUUUCUAUGAGCAUGGGAAACGCAAUUAGGUUUCUCAAGAGUCGGAUUGCGAAGUUGCCUUUAACUGUUUCUGAAUCAGAAGCAAAAGCCUCCCUUUGUGCAGAUAUUGAUCGUUUCAUAAAUGAGAAGAUAGUACUUGCUGACAAUGUGAUAAUUAGGCAUGCUGUUACCAAGAUCACGGAUGGGGAUGUUCUUCUCACAUAUGGAUCAUCAUGUGUUGUUGAGAUGAUUCUGUUGUAUGCCCAUGAGCUUGGGAAACGGUUCCAUGUUGUUAUAGUGGACUCUCAUCCAAAACUUGAAGGCCAAGGCCUACUCCGUAGACUGGUGGGAAAGGGACUGAGGUGUACAUAUACUCACAUAAAUGCUGUUUCUUAUAUCAUGCAUGACGUUACUCGAGUUUUCUUGGGCUCUUCCUCAGUAUUAUCUAAUGGAACUGUGUAUUCGCGGGUUGGGACUGCAUGUGUUGCUAUGGUUGCUCAUGCAUUCCAUGUUCCAGUCUUAAUAUGCUGUGAAGCCUAUAAAUUUCAUGAAAGAGUACUGCUUGAUUCAAUCUGUUCAAAUGAAUUAGGUGAUCCAGAUGCUAUUUCAAAGGUUCCUGGAAGAAUGGAUAUUAAUUUCCUGGAUGAUCUGACCAAUAAGGACAAUCUGCAGCUUCUAAAUUUGAUGUAUGAUGCCACUCCUUCAGAAUAUGUCUCAAUGAUCAUCACUGAUUAUGGGAUGAUCCCACCCACAAGUGUGCCUGUCAUUGUGCGCGAAUAUGGGAGGGAGCACCUGUGGAUACAGUAAUACAGGAAAAGCUCUGCUUUUUUGAAGGAUCCUUUACAGUGGAUCCCUUGCGUGGAAUAACAGGACUAUGAAUUUUAUUAUACCUGGUUGGGAGCCUCUUCUAAUCAUAUUCGUCACAUCAAAAUGAUGAUUCUAUACGUUGCCAAACAUUAGUUUUGUUUAAAUUUGUUAUUAGCAAAUCAGAAAAGAGAACAGUGCAACUUUUGCCCCACCUGAGCUCUGGACCCGGGGGUGGUUUGCUUUCCAUAUUGGUGAAAGAGCUUGAGAGUAAUGUGCAUAGUCUUAGAAAUUACGGCCCAAUGAAACAGACCUUUUAAGCUUAAAAGCAAGC